AUGGAUAUUCAAGAAGUUGUGGGUCUCGUUAACACCUUGUCAGGUGCACCUACCACUCGUUCAAAUAAUACUACUGAUUUAGAUAUAGUUAGAGUUCAACAGCAUUUCCAAAAGAUCCAAACAAGUGAGCAUGGGUUUGAUAUAGCCAAUCAAUUGUUAAACUUAGAUCCAAAUCAAUUUCCAAAUUGUGGUUAUUUUGGUGCAUUAACUUUAACUGUUCAAUUAAAUACUAAUGUUCAUUCAAUUGAUCAAUUAUGGAAAUUAUUUUUUGCAAACAUUUCUCAUUUAGUUAGAUUAUCGCAUAAUUAUAUAACUACUAAUUCACGACGCUCUUCUUCUUCUUGGAAUACAAUUAAGAAAUUAAUGUCUAAUUCUUCUUUAAUUUUUACAAAUCUUAAUAAUGAUGCUAAUCAAGUAUCUGAUGAUAUUAAUAAUAAUUUACCAAAUUUUUGGAAUAACCCAAUCGACACAUUAAUAUUUUUGUUAUCUAGCUUUAACGACCCUUCGAGUGGUGUUUCGGUUGAAAGCUGGUCCAACUUAAAUGAUCCAAAUUUAAAUCAAUUAAUCUUACAAUCUAUUAAUAAUAAAAUAUCUUAUGAUCAAUUAAUAAAUUUUAUCCAGCAAUCAAAGCAUUUUAACAAAUUGAUCUUGACUUUUACAGAGAUUAUCGUCGAGGAUAUUACUAAAUUUCAAUCAAAAAAAAAUUCUAUUUCACAAAUUUAUGAAAUUGUUCAUAAUCAUUUAUAUAUUACAACAAUGACAAUUUUAAAUUUUAAUUUAUCAAAUUUUAAUAUAAUUAAUACUGAUUUAAAUGAUUUGUUAUUUCAAUCAAUUUCUGCUUGGAUUAAUUACAUUUCAAUGGCAAGAACUGUCUCACCGCAUGGGAAAAUGGAUUUAAAUGAAAUUUUCUUAAAUUUAAUACAUCUAAUGUCUAGUAUUACUGAUAACUAUACAACAACUCAAAAAAUUGUAUCAAUUUUUGCAAACGUCUUUGCUAAUGAUGCUUUGUUAUUAGAUUUCGAUAUUAGAUAUCAGUUUGAGGUAAUCUUUUUGGGUGUAUCAAGAACUCAACCACCUCCUGAUGUUUCACUUGAUGACUUAACCAAUAAGAAUCAAUGGAUGAUGCAAUAUAUGAAGCAUAUGGUUACAAACGAAAUGUAUGAUGAUUUAAGAGAACUUUCCAAUUGUAUUGUAGAUUUUUUGCAAAUUAACACCUUGGAUGUUUGUAACAAGUUAUUUACUACUUUAGGUAAUAAUAAUUCUUCUAAUUCACAAGAACAUAUUAAAAUUCUACUGCAAUUGACAAAUUUUCCACUAACUCCCGUAUUACAAGAAUAUUUCUCUGUUAAAAUGGUAGAUUUCUGGAUGGAUUUAGCAGAAGGCUACACAAAUUUACCGCAAGAAUCAAUGAACGAAAAUUCAGCAGAUGUAGCUAUUGAAAUAUUUCAACAAGUUUUAAAUAUUUAUUUACCAAAAAUCAGCUUAUUGAAUAAACAAAAACUACUAGAAGAUACUGAUGAAGAUAACGAAAUAAAUGCUUUCGACGACUUCAGAACUGCAGUUUCUGAAUUAAUUGAGUCAUUCUGGGCUGUCUUAGGUAAUUCAAGAUUGACAAACGUUUUAAUUGAAGGAAUUUCACAAAAUUCCACCUCUAACCCAGAUAUUUUUCAAAUUGAGACUAUGGCAUUCUUGCUGAACAUUUUAUUGGUCGAUAUGGAUCUUUCGGAUAGUCCAUGGAUUUGUGAUAUAAUUGGCUCAAAUAGUAAGUCAUUCUUUGAUAAUAUUUUGUUUCUUUUCCAAACUGGCCAUACUAAUAUUAUAAUGGCCAAUCAAGUUAACAAAUUAUUGCAAACAAAUUUUGUAAAAACGAGUACCAUCUUAAUUGGCACUUUAGCAGGUUAUUAUGAAACAGAUGUAGCACAAUUAAGUAUGACAAUUGACAAACUAUUCCAAGGCCUUGAAGUCUGUGCAAUUUCUACCAAUGAUCAGGGUAUUAAAGAUUUGAACGAUAAAUUAGAGACCUUUAUUAUUAAUACAAUUGCGAAAUUAUGUGAAGAUUGUAAAAAACAACUAACCGGUUAUUUGAAUCAGUUUAUAAAUGUUUUAAAUUCCAUCUUAGACCUGAAUUCAAAUAUGUCUAACUUUACCAGGGAAAAAAUGAUGAGAUCCAUUGGCUACAUUCUGCAAGUUCUAGUCUCUAAUGGUCCUCAGGAACAAGCAAAUUUCGUUUUAGCUCUAAUUACUAAUACUAUUCAACUAAUUGAAAAAACUAUGGCUAAUUCAAAUAUUCAACAAGUUCAAGUCCAAAUAAACUAUAUCCACUGUUUAUGUUCUUGUAUUUCAGAAUUAGGUUCUUCGUUUAUUCAAAAAAAUGAAAUGGAAGAUUCUUUAAUGUUGCCAAGAUUACAAGAAUUCCAAACAUUUUGGGCAGAAGAUCCCUUACAAAUUAGAGCUAAAGUAUUAAAUAUAUUGGAUAAACUACUAUCGAAUCCCCUAUAUGGUAAAAGACCAGAAUUUGUUGAAAUCAGCUGUUUGAUAUUAGGCAAAGCAUCUACAAUUCCAGAGGACGAACCGCAUUUUUUAAGAUUUUCCAUGCCAGAAAUUAUGGAAUUUCUAAUAAAACAUUUAUCUACUAGUGAAUUAAGUGUUUCACUACCAUAUUUUGUUUACUUACUAGAACGUCUAGUAUGCCAAUUUAAAGCUCUAUUAACUGUACAAGAAUAUGAUUUUAUGUUCGAAAGAUUUUUUCUGGCAUUUUAUCAAGAUAUUAUAGCGAAGGAUCCAGAUUUAGUACAAAUGACAGUUAAUUUCGUUAAUAAUACAUUAGAUGUCAAACCUUCUUUGGCAAUCCAUUCAACUCAUUGGACAACUUUUAUUUUACCGGAAUUUUUAAAGUUAUUAUCAUCUAAGGAGAAAUUUACUUUAGUUGCAACUACAAAAUUUUGGACUAAGAUGAUUAAUAAUAAGAAAUAUACACAACAAGACUUAGAGACGGUACAACAGCAAAUCAAUGCUCUUGGUCAAAAUAUUACAUUGCAGGUUAUGUAUGGUGUCUUCCACACGCAAAGGUCAGAUAUUAAUGCAUUCACUGAUGUUAUUAGAGCGUUGAUAGGGAAAUACCCUAUGCAAACUAAAAAUUGGCUAAUUGAUGUUCUACCACAAGUUUGCCAUAAUCCAACUGCAAAUGACCUAUUUAUUAAAAAAUUGAGUGUUGCUAGAGGCAGUAGAGCAUCAGGGAACGUUAUUCUUGAAUGGUGGUUAACUUGUAAUGCAUUACCAUCAUUGUAA